AUGGCUUGUCUUAGGUUACGGGGGUUUCUGACCUUAGCCAAUCUGAUUCUCAUAACGGCCGUGACUGGAGGAUAUGCUACAGUACGCGCGCUAACGGUAAGAGAUAUCGCAGCAGCUGAAAGAGGGCUAGCUUGCUGGCAGAAACCUUCGUCAGAUACUGCACAGCCUGACUACUGGCGUUUUGUCAGUUUAGCUAGUGGAUACGGUAGAGUUCUGAGCCCUCCAGAGCACGCUCAGGGUCCUGGAGUGUCGAAGACAUUGUUGACGUUUGUCUUGGGUUCACGGCUCCGCAAGCCCCCGGCAGCCGAUCCCACAAAGGUUGCUACUUCAGGACAUAAUAUUCUCAAUCUGGAGAGGGAUUUUCUCUGA